AUGGCGUUCACUGUCCCAGAAGUGGUGUACCCAGCAGCGGAGGAUGUGACAUCAUCCUUGCGGCGAUCAGUUUCCAGCAUCUGUGCCCGGAAUCUUCUUGAAAAGGAAAAUGCAGUAAAUAAAAUCUUCAGGGCCUGCACUCGGCAGCGAAUGUUGAGUGGAUCCUUUGAAGGGCAGCCUGCAAAAGAGCGUUCUAUUUUGAGCGUCCAGCACCAUAUCCGUCAAGAACGCAGGUCCCUCCGACAUGGUUCAAGCAGUCAGAGAAUCAGCAGAGGGAAAUCAUUGGAAACACUGACACAAGAUCACUCCAGCACAGUACGAUAUCGAAACGCUCAAAGGGAAGACAGUGAAAUAAAGAUGAUUCAGGAAAAAAAGGAACAAGCUGAAAUGAAGCGCAAGGUUCAAGAGGAAGAAUUACGUGAAAAUCACCCUUAUUUUGACAAACCUCUCUUUAUAGUUGGUCGAGAGCACAAGUUUAGAACAUUCUGCCGCCUGGUCGUGAGGGCCCGAUUUAAUGCAUCCAAGACUGAUCCAAUUACAGGAGCAGUAAAAAAUACCAAGUACCAUCAAUUGUAUGAUUUACUUGGAUUAGUCACGUAUCUUGACUGGGUGAUGAUUGUCGUUACAAUCUGCUCGUGCAUAUCCAUGAUGUUUGAAACACCUUUUACCACAGUUAUGCACACACCUACUUUGCAGAUAGCUGAGUACGCCUUUGUAAUUUUCAUGAGCAUUGAGCUAAAUCUAAAGAUCUUGGCAGACGGCCUAUUCUUCACACCUACUGCUGUCAUAAGGGAUUUCGGAGGAGUGAUGGACAUCUUUAUUUACCUUCAAAGUUUGAUCUUUCUGUGGUGGAUGCCGCAUAAUGUUCCCGCCAAAUCUGGAGCACAGCUCUUGAUGAUGCUUCGGUGCCUGAGACCGCUCCGCAUAUUUAAGUUAGUCCCGCAGAUGAGGAAAGUUCUCCGGGAAUUAUUCAGUGGUUUCAAAGAGAUAUUUCUGGUUUCAAUCCUUCUGCUGACGCUGAUGCUUGUUUUUGCAAGCUUUGGUGUGCAGCUUUUUGCUGGAAAACUUGCAAAGUGCAAUGACCCACACAUCACCCGACAGGAACUUUGUCAUGGCAUGUUCAGGAUCAAUGUCAGCGUCUCAAAGGAUCUCAAUCUGAAGUUAAAAGCGGGUGAGAAAAAGCCAGGCUUUUGGGUGCCUCGAGUUUGGGCCAACCCACGUAAUUUCAAUUUUGACAAUGUUGGAAGUGCACUGCUGGCUCUAUUCGAAGUGCUGUCAUUAAAAGGCUGGGUGGAGGUUAGGGAUGUCAUCAUUCACCGAGUGGGCCCAAUUCACGGCAUCUACAUCCAUGUCUUUGUGUUCCUUGGCUGCAUGAUUGGACUGACUCUCUUCGUUGGAGUCGUCAUUGCUAAUUUCAAUGAAAAUAAGGGCACUGCCUUAUUGACUGUAGACCAGAGGAGGUGGGAGGAUUUGAAAAGUCGAUUAAAGAUAGCCCAACCAUUGCACCUUGCAGCUCGUCCUGACAAUGGUGGCUUCCGAGCUAAAAUGUAUGAUAUAACCCAACACCCAUUCUUCAAGAGAAGCAUUGCAGUCCUCGUCCUUGCCCAAUCAGUGCUGCUUUCAUUGAAGUGGGAUGUUGACAACCCCGUUACAGUUCCUCUGGCAACAAUAUCCGUCAUUUUCACCUUUAUUUUUGUCCUUGAGGUAACUAUGAAGAUCACGGCCAUGUCACCAUCUGGUUUCUGGCAAAGUAGACGGAACCGUUAUGACCUGUUAGUGACAUCACUUGGUGUAAUAUGGGUUGUGUUACACUUUGCUUUACUUGUUCAGCCACCUUUCUGUACUCCUGAUGAUGAGAAUUACUGGGAGACAGAUUGUGGAAACUAUGCAGGAGCUCUGAUGUAUUUCUGUUCCUUUUAUGUCAUCAUUGCCUAUAUCAUGUUAAAUCUACUCGUUGGGUUAUCCCUGACAAAAGAUCAUUUCCUGAAAUACAUCAGACAAUGA